AUGGAGAGCACAGAGGUGGAGUCGGACAUCCUGCGCCGCGUCCGCACGCUGCUGCGAGAGCUGGAUGGGCAUCACCCUGCCUGCCAGUGCGACCGAGGGAUGCUGCGAUGGACUCUGCAUAAAAAAAUCGACCAGAAUCCCAGUAACAGUGCCGUCCUGGUCAAGAUCCUGGUGAAGGAGCUGGAAAGGGCGGAGCGAGGUGACUUCAGGCAUUACAUCAUCCCCUUGCUGCACACCCUGAUGUACGCCCUGAUAAAGGCUCCCUGUAUCUCCGAUGAGCUCUGCGGCAGAGUCUAUGACUUCUGUAAGAAGCUGCUUACCCUGCCCAAGCCUUUCUGCACAGUCGGUUUGGACUAUGCCACCAGGCUGAAGAUGGAAAGGAUGGCACCAGGGGUGUUGUACCAAAGAAUGGUCAUUUCCGAACAAAGUCUCAAAAGCGACCCGUACCCUUAUCAGGAAAAGAUUUUCAUCUUUGCUGAUCCAGAGCUGCUCUCUGAAGCCAUCUGCAACGCACUGGUCACCGACACGGAGGCAGCUCAGGUCUCCCAGAGCCCCCGGGCUUGCAUGGGCUAUGUGAUCCUCCACGCCAUGCAGGCAGCCCUGGGUGAGGGCUGCGACAUCAGUGGCUUGAAGGCGAGACUCCAGGAUAUGCCCACGAGCGAUGUCGAGCACUGGUUCCAGCAAGUGGUGUCGGCAGUCGAGUGCACCGGACACGAGCCAGACCGCGGCCAGCACGUGGCGAGGCUGGAGAAGAUUUACCGCGCUGUCCUCAGCUGCUUGCGAGCAGGUGAUGCUCCCCUGGGAGGGCUGCAGGGCACUCCUCUGCCCAACCCCAACAUCAGCUUUCACCUCUGGACAGAAGAUGACCAGCUCUGGAAGGAACUGGUGCUGUUCAUCCGCCCGCUGUCACAGAGCUGCGAACCUGACUGCCUAAGCCAGGACCUGGACAACUUUGAGAUCCAGGACAUCAUUUCCGACUGCGAAUGCUGUGAGCAGACCCGCUUCUCUGUGCUCUCCACCGACAGCGGCAUCGAACGAGACCUGCCCGCAGCAGCUGAGGAGCCCUUCGCCCUUUGCAGCACCGAAACGGAGCAAUACCGACUCCACAGAAAGGGUGGCAUUAAAAAAAAGCCGUCACCGCUGGAGAGCGUGGCCUUCUUGCAGGCUGGCUGCAACGGUCCGGGGGUGAAACCCCCGGCGAAGCUGCAGAGGAGACCGGGCACCCCCCUGGACGCUGUGACCCCACUCCAGAGGCUGCACACUGCCCGCAUCGUGCUGCUGGGGGACGACCGGGUCCUGGGGCGCCUGGCCCAAGCCUACCACGCUUUGAGGAAACGAGAAACACGUCGAGUUUUCCUGACUCCCAGGCUGAACCUGCAGUUCUACUACAUCCCGGUUGUGAUGGGGCAGACAAACACUUUGGCUGUUACGGAUCACGCUGCCACCAGCCAAGAGGAGCUCUGCGAGGUGGCCGGAUACCUGGGCAGAGCCGACCCGUGGUACGAGAGCAACAUCAACACGCUGUGCCACAUGAUUCCCAAGCUGGCCACCAUGCCUUCCUCUCCGAGCAAACAUCUUGUAACGGAUCUGUUCAUCACCGAUGUGAUCGCUUACUAUGUCCGCAUGGGCACCCAGCCCGUCUGCCUCCAGGUCUAUGCUGUGAAGAUUUUCUUCAAUGACCCGGCACAGGAGCCGGCCGAGGACGUGUUCCUCACGGAGCUGCGCACCCAGGUGCAGGAGAGCAUCGCCCACAAAGAGUUAAGCAUGACCAAGAAGAAAACGACCCUGGAUGGUCCUGGCAUAGAUCUCACAGUAACAUACAGAAAGGUUGUGGUCAGUGACCGGGCGAAGGAACUGGCUAUGUCCCUGCGCUCCACAGGUCUGGUGAUGAAAGCCAUCCCUGCCGACGAGGCUGAAGACCUGGUGUGUCUGAACGUGAACAUCACUGAAAUCAUCAGGAUCAACAAUUUGUCAGGACGAUCGUUCUCGGCUGUGGCAAACAGAUUGAAAACACGUGACAUCAAAAUCAGGAGCACGGAGCAGAGACCCUUCACUGUGUGUCUGGACAAGGACAGCAGAAGAACCUAUAGGAAUGUGAUCAGCGUGGAAGUGUCCCCCUGCCUAGAGCCCAGUUACUGCUUGCAAAAGACCAGAGCAAUGAAAUUGAGCUUGCACGGAACAGAAGAUGUGGGGCUUGCGAAAUACAUGCCCAAGUCUCUGCUGCUGCCUAUCAACACGUUUGCAGGUGUCAUCCAGUGA